UCCAAAUCACCGAGCUAUAGCAAUAAGCGGUGAAGAUGACGUUUGCUACGGAAAAAUGUACAUCUAAAUUGUAACGUCUCCCUUCGUACAUAUCUCUUUCCUCAAGCACAUGGUGUUUGUUUUCUCCGUUUCGCAACGAUGAUCUCUAUUACCUCCUCCGAGCUUAACUACCUCGUUUUCCGCUACCUUCAAGAAUCAGGGUUCACGCAUGCAGCAUUUGCUUUAGGAUAUGAGGCAGGGAUCAAUAAGAGCACAAUAGAUGGAAAUUUAGUUCCUCCUGGUGCUCUGGUUACCUUUAUCCAGAAGGGAAUUCAAUAUCUCGAAUUGGAAGCAAAUUUGAGCAAUGAUGACGAUAUGGACGAGGACUUCCAGUUUUUACAACCCAUUGAUCUUAUCACCAAGGAUGUAUAUGAGCUACAGAAAAUAAUAAAAGAAAAAAAGGAAAAGCUUCGGAAAGAUAAACCUAGGGGAAAGGACAAGGAUAACAAUGACCAUGAGAGGGAGCAUGAACGGGAACCUGCUAUAGGACCUGCUAGGGAUCCUGUUAAAGAAAGAGAGAAGGAAAAACAACAGAAGGAAAAAGAGCGAGAUCGAGAAAGAGAAAGGAUUGAGAAAGAUAAGGAGAGAGAAAAAAAUAAGGAGAAAGAAAAACCACGUGAGGAUCUUAUGGACAUGAGACCCAAUGGAGAUAAAGAGAUUGUUAGACAUGAGGAGAAUGGAAAGGCUGGAGUAGAUCCAGAGCCCAUGGAGAUUUGCACAAGCUCAACCUCCUUGCCAUGUGAAAUCCUAAGUUCUGAUUUACUGGUUUUGGAAGGCCAUACAUCCGAGGUUUUUGCAUGUGCCUGGAGUCCAGAUGGUUCACUUCUUGCAUCUGGGUCUGGAGAUUCUACUGCUAGGAUUUGGAGAAUUGGGGAUGGUCCUUGUAAUUCCCAUAUGCAAAAUGGGCCAGUAAAUGUCAUGGUAUUAAAGCAUUUUAAAGGUCGAACAAAUGAGAAAAGCAAGGAUGUCACUACACUUGAGUGGAAUGGCGAGGGAAACCUACUUGCAACAGGUUCUUAUGAUGGCCAAGCAAGAAUUUGGAACCGAGAUGGGGAACUGGUAAAUACUCUAAUCAAACAUAAAGGGCCAAUCUUCUCUUUGAAGUGGAAUAAGAAAGGUGAUUAUCUCCUUAGUGGUAGUGUAGACAAAACUGCAAUUGUGUGGGAUGUAAAGUCAGGCGAAUGGAAGCAGCAAUUUGAAUUUCAUACAGCUCCAACUCUUGAUGUUGAUUGGCGAAACAACAAUUCCUUUGCGACCUGCUCCACUGAUAACAUGAUUUAUGUUUGUAAAGUUGGAGAGAGUCGGCCUGUCAAAACUUUCUCCGGGCAUCAGAGUGAAGUCAAUGCAAUCAAGUGGGACCCUUCAGGAUCCUUGUUGGCGUCAUGCUCUGAUGACACCACAGCUAAGAUAUGGAGCGUGAAACAAGAUGCCUGCUUGCAUGAUUUCAGAGAACAUUCCAAGGAGAUCUACACCAUCAGAUGGAGUCCAACUGGCCCUGGUACAAGCAACCCAAAUCAACAGUUGUUGCUGGCAAGUGCCUCGUUUGACUCCACAGUGAAGCUAUGGGAUGUUGAAAUUGGCCGCCUCGUCCACAGCUUGAAUGGCCAUAGGGAUCCUGUCUACUCUGUCGCAUUUAGUCCAAACAGUGAGUACUUGGCAACUGGGUCAUUGGAUAGAUGCUUGAAUAUAUGGUCUGUCAAAGACGCCAAGAUCAUAAAAACGUACAGUGGAAAUGGCGGAAUCUUUGAAGUGUGCUGGAACAAGGAAGGCAACAAGGUCGCAGCUUGUUUUGCAGACAAUGUGGUCUGUGUCUUUGAUGUUCGGAUGUAGGGGUUGAGGAACAAACAUGAAAAAGUUCAUGUUGAAGAUAGGCGAAAUCCAUGCACUUGUAACAAGCAAUGUGUGAAUUUGUGACAAAUGUCUGCUUAGUCGCAUGUAGAAUUGUAGAACAAUUGGUAUUCAAAUCGUAUUUAUAGCGUGUUGUAGAUAUGCCGGUAGGAUCAUGGCACUGACCUAGGUUUAGGUUUUGGGACAGCUGAAGCUGUAUUUAUACCAUUGUACUGUGUUGAAGUGAGGAAGCUGAAGCGUGUACUGUCGUAACUGUAUUUGUUGCCCAAAUGCUGAUAUCGAGUUACAUUAAUUGUAUUUUCUCCUCCAGUUUCAGGUUGA